UACCCAGAGAACAAAACCUAAAUCCGUUUGUGCUUGCGAACAUCAAUUUGCAUAAGGUUUUCUUCUAAUGUUUGAGAUCGGAAGUGCCGUUGUCUUUAUUGGACGGUGACUUCACACAAAGAGCCCCUCCCUUUCUUCCCAUUCACUCCUGUGCCGUGCUUUAUACUGGAAGGUAAAGAUGUGAGUUCACACUGCGACUUGUGCAUCAGUGAGCGGAUACUACAGCAGGCAGGCUGUGUUCACAACCUGUAUGAACUGCUUCGUAUGAUAUGAACGUUUCGUGUUCUCCAGCUAAUGAGCGCGUGUGCAGGUAUCAAGGCAGCAUGAUAAUUGUUCACACUUUAUUGUCACAAGUGGACAGACAGUGAAGACCAGUCACCACUAUGCGAUGUGUGUAAGGGGCCCGUGGCGGUGCUGUGGCCCCCGGCGGGAUGCUGCUGACUGCCGGUCAGUAUGACUCUACUGGACUUGUGGCUGUCGCGCUCCAUCCCCAUGUGCCUGCUCCUUCAGAGCCUUGUCCUCAUGGCCCUAUGCUUCCCCUCGGCCAGCAUGUGUCCAAAAGGCUGCAUCUGCCAACGCGACCCUCAUCUCCAUGGCUUCAAUGUUACCUGCAGUCAGUCCCGCCUCAAAGAGAUCCCCCCCAGCCUCCCAGUCGACACCGUUCUGCUGAGGCUAGACCACAACCAGAUCGGCGCUGUGCCAGAUCAAACCUUCCAAGGACUUCGGCUUUUGAGGGAACUCAACCUUUCAUAUAAUGCAGUGGAGACUUUAGGGGAAGGUGCGUUCAGUGGAAUAGAGGCGACAUUACAGGUGCUGGACCUCUCCCACAACCACAUCACUAGCGUACACAAGGAUGCCUUUGCUCGGCUCAAGGCCCGUGUCAUUGUGGAUGAUAACCCCUGGCAUUGUGACUGUGCCCUCCAGCAGGCCAUCGGUGGAAUGGCCCACAACCACGACGCCGCUGCCCGGGUUCUCUGCAGGAGCUCAGAGCUUCUUGAUCAGGAGGGACGACCUUUCUUGGCAGUGGACACAGACCUCUGUAAUCUGGCCAAAAGGACAACAGACUAUGCUAUGCUGGUGACCAUGUUUGGUUGGUUUGCUAUGGUCAUUUCAUAUGUGGUGUAUUAUGUCCGUCAGAACCAGGAAGAUGCCCGUCGCCAUCUGGAGUACCUCAAGUCUCUCCCCAGCAAGCCUAAGAAACCUGACGAGUCUGACGACAUAAGCACUGUUGUCUGACAGCAAUGUUGGAGUGACUGUCUCCCACACGAACCUAAUGAACACCAAAAUGUAAUAGGACCCAAAUUUAUAAUGUUUACUAUCUCAAAAUUUUAGGUGAUGCGUGCAUCAAAUGUGUUGAGAAAUCUUUGUAUUUUGGAAAUUUUGUCAUUGGUCCUUACCAGGGUUUGUUCAUGACUGAUCUGAGAUGAGAUGAAAAGGGAGGCCACAAAGUCUAAUAGUUUAACACCAACAUAAUCUUUUCUACAGAAAUUGCAUAUGGAGUUUUGAAAUUUUCAAUCUCAGGUUUGAAUAUUGACAUGGUAAUGAUUUUUGUAGAUUAAAUCUGAAAUCUGGUAUACCUGAUAAAAAACAAAAAAUAUUUGUAAAAUAUGACACCCUAAACUUAAUUUCCCAGAGCCUUCAUUUUGCUCUCAAAGCUCACAAUAAAAUUUACAUUGAGUUUUGCAAACACUUGCUGAAACAGUCACAUCUUUCAUACCACUUAAAAGUAGAUUAAAUAUCUACAUUGACAGUUUAGCAUUGAAAUUUCAGCAUCUCUGAAUCCAUGACCUGCCUCUUUAAUGUUUAAUAUUUCAGAUCAUUAAAGCCUUGGAUGUGAGGUAUGCCGAUAUGAGGUAUAAAGUAGUCUUAUCAUCCUGCUUGCCUUGAACUGUGUUGGCCUAUCUUUUGUAUACAGAAAGAUAGAGGCGGGUAGGCAAGAAUUCAUUAAAACAUUUCAUAAACCGUAUCACACAGCAGCUAUGGAGAAUACUGGAAUCUAUAGAAGUCUGAAUGACAAAAGGCUAAGAAAGACAAAAUUAAGAGAUAGUAAAUCAAAACCAGAGCUAGCUUAAGCUGGCUUGUCAAAGUCGCCUCAUACAUAACCAUUAUGAUCCAGGUUGAAUUGGCUUAGAGCCAGUGAUUUCCUUAACAAGGUUCUGGCAUAAAAGGCACCAAAAACUGAGGAGGAAAUUGAACAAAACAGUUAUUAAAACUGUAGGCUAUAACUCACAUAUUAACUUUUCUACUCAAGUGAUGACAAAAUGGUAGAUUUUACUGUAUAUGUGAUGAUUAAGCAGUGAUUAUUUAAAUAGUCAGUAUGGCUUAGUAUCUCAGAUUAAUGACUUACUAUCUCAAUAUUUUGACUUGCCAUGAGUAUAUGUGUUUUUGCCAUUCUUUACAUUUCAUAAAGAGGGUUUAUUUUCAGAUAACCAUAAUUCUCUGAUGCAAUGUCCUACAGCUGAAAUGCUGAUGAUUUCAGUUCUUGCUAGGUUACUCCUUGUAUCUUUGUUUCCUUGAGUAGGGAAGUAACAGUCAUCACAAGAUUGAUAAUACAAGUGCCAAUAUAAGUUUCCAGAAUUUACUGUCCCAAAAUUUAAGCAAAGUUAUAUUUUAAUUGUAGCAAGUGGCCAUGGAGUAAGCAGGAUAAUGCACUCCAGCUUAUGCAGCUAUUAACAAAUAAUGCACUCUGUGGAGGCAAACGUUGGCGCAAAUAGCCUACAGCAUGCACUACUUUUCAAUGACCGCAUUGUGUUAUUUGUUACAGUAUGUACAAAAUGUAAUAAUCAUAACGCUAAACUUGAAAUGGCCUGGUAAAUUAAUGGCUACAGUGUUGGCCCUGCUGUCAGCUAAGGAAGUCUGCUCAGUUUCUCAUAAUAAAGAGAUUAUGUUAUCAUUAUUGAGAUCUUUUUCAUGUUAUAAAAGAUAUUGUUAUAAUGACAUCUUU